AUGGCCAGUUUGGAGCUGGUAGGUGUUGCUGACCUGGAUGUGGCCAAUAAAGAGGGUAGGACAAAGUUGUUGUACUGCAUCCAUGAGACCACAAUUCAGGAUGGGGGUGAAGAGGUAGAAGAGGGAGCUGUUUACAGUGUCACCCUGAAAAGAGUGCAGAUUCAGCAGGCUGCCAACAAAGGAGCGAGAUGGCUCGGGGGUGAAGGAGACCAGUUACCUCCAGAACAUACCAUCAGCCAGUAUGAAACAUGCAAGAUCAGGACUAUAAAAGCUGGAACUUUGGAGAAACUUGUGGAAAACCUUCUGACAGCUUUUGGGGAUAAUGAUUUUACCUACAUCAAUAUCUUUCUCUCAACAUACAGAGCCUUUGCAUCUACUAAGGGAGUACUGGAACUUCUCCUUGACAAGUAUGGAAACCUGGAGAUCUCAAGCUGUGAAGAAGUUGAAAGUGAGAAUUCCUCUGAAUCCAAGGAAGUGCUCAGGAUUGCCAUUGCAUCCAUCAUACGUACCUGGCUGGAGCAGUGCUCUGAGGAUUUCAGAGAGCCACCUGACUACACCUGUUUGCUGAAGGUGAUGGAUUACCUGAAGAAGUAUAUGCCUGGCUCUGGCCCAGAGAAGAGGGCACAGAACCUCUUGGAGCAGUUCCAGAACCAAGAUUUGGAAAUUGAUGAUGGGUUCUAUUACCAUUCCCCCUGUAACCUUGAUGAUGAAGAGGAGCUGGGGAGCAGCAGUUCAGAAGACUUCUCUCUUUUCCAUGAGGACCUUGUGGCAGAACAGUUGACAUACAUGGAUGCAAAACUCUUCAAGAAAGUUGUGCCCUAUCACUGCUUGGGAAGCAUCUGGUCUCGAAGGGAUAAGGAAGAAAACAAGCACCUGGUACCCACCAUCAGAGCCACCAUCACCCAGUUCAAUGCAGUUACCAAGUGUGUUCUUAGCACUAUCCUGAAGACCAAAGAACUCAAAACACAGCAAAGAGCCAAGAUCAUUGAGAAGUGGAUUCAUAUUGCACAUGAAUGUAGGAUCCUGAAGAAUUUUUCCUCCUUGAGGGCCAUCAUUUCUGCACUGCAGUCCAACUCCAUCUAUCGGCUAAAGAAGACCUGGGCAUGUGUUUCCAAGGAUGUAGUGCUGAUCUUUGAAGAGCUGUCUGAUAUCUUCUCAGACCAUGACAAUUACUUGACUACCAGGGAGCUGCUCAUGAAGGAAGCAACAUCCAAAUUUGCCAACCUGGACAGCAGUGUGAAAGAGAAUCAGAAAAGGACACAGAGGCGAUUGCAGCUGCAAAAAGAUAUGGGUGUCAUGCAAGGCACGGUGCCUUAUCUUGGCACCUUCCUGACUGACCUUGUCAUGCUUGACACAGCCCUUCAGGACUUUGUGGAGGGUGGCCUCAUCAACUUUGAGAAGAGGCGAAAGGAAUUUGAAGUCAUUGCCCAAAUUAUGCUCUUGCAAUCUUCAUGUAACAACUAUUGCAUGAUGCCAGAUGAGAAAUUCAUCCAGUGGUUCAGGAAACAGCAGGAUAUAACAGAGGAGGAGAGCUUCAGCCUUUCAAGUGAGGUGGAAGCAGCUGCUGACACCAGCACCACGUCGCCCAAGUCUCGGAAGAGUGUGGUGAAGAGGUUCAGCCUAAUGUUUCUGGGCUCCGAGAUGCUGGCCCAUAGCACACCCAUCAAAGAGCCACGCAAAUCUGCUCGGGGUGGGAGCUCUGGUGAAAGCACAGACUCAGCCAGUGUUUCUUCGUGUGAGCUUAACCCCUCGGAACCUGAAGACGCCUGCCCCAGCCCCAUAGACACUCCUGAUGAGGUUCAGAAAAAGCUCUUCUCCUCCUCCCCCACCUCCUCCACCUCCUCCACCACCCCUUCCACGGGCACGUCUUCCUCAGGGGUGUCAUCUUUAAUCACAUCCCCUCCCUUGGUGACCUCCGAGGAGAAGUGCUCUGUCUCUGGGAUGCCCAAUACCUCAAAAGAGCUGCCUCCUGUUUACAACCAGCAAAACAAAGACUCCUGCAUCAUCCGGACCAGCAUCGAGGAGGACAAUGGCAACAUGUACAAGAGCAUUGUGCUAACCAGCCAGGACAAGACUCCUGCUGUCAUCCAGAGAGCGAUGCUGAAGCACAACCUGGACGUUAACACCGCGGACAAUUACGAGCUUGUACAAGUCAUCUCGGAGAAAAAAGAGCUGGUGAUCCCGAGCAACGCCAACGUCUUCUACGCCAUGAACAGCCACGUCAACUUCGACUUCAUCCUGCGGAGAAAAAUGAUGGACAGAGAUGAGAAGAUGCCCAGUGGCUGCAGCCUGACACUCCCCAGGACUCCAAAACGGAGCUGCUGGAGCGGGCGGCCCAACAAACUGGUGCUUUUAGGGAGGCAGGGCUGGGAACUGGCUGAGGCUGCGCCGCGGUGA